UCAGCCAGGAGGAGGCCCUGCGAAUUGCUUCAGUUCCUGAGUUGGUGAGACGGCUGGACGAGCCAGGUGUGGCCCAAGUUCUGCCGGACAUUGACUUAGAUCUUGAAGGAGUGGACUGCUUCUCUGGGCAGCCUACAGUGCCCACAACAAGACCUACCACGAGACCAACUACUCCAACAACACGACCUACGACCAGACCAACGACCCCGCCUACGACCCGGCCAACGACCCGGCCUACGAACAGACCUACCACUAGACCUACGACUACACCUACGACUAGACCUACGACUAGACCUACUACUAGGCCUACGACCAGACGUACGACCCAACCGACGACAAGGCUUACGACUCGCCCGACGACCAGGCUUACCACUAGACAAACGAUCAGACCGACUACAAGGCCUACGACAAGGGCAACAACUCGCAGAACUGUACCCACCAGGACCACCCUGCGGACUCCAGGAACGACGGUAACCACCCGGAGAACAACACCACGCCCCACAGUUACCACCACACCACGCCGCACUGUGCGCACCACGCGACCCACUGUGCGCACCACGCGACCCACUGUGCGCACCACGCGACCCACUGUGCGCACCACGCGACCCACUGUGCCAACCACGCGACCCACUGUGCGCACCACACGCCGCACAGUCGUGCCCACCCGAUUGAUGCCGUGACCAUGGGAGUGUCAAACACAAUAGCUGUCGUGCGCCAGUGUCCAUUUGGUCUUUUCUGGAGCCAGCAAACCAGAACUUGCGAACAAGCAAGUAUAAUCUCUCCAGCUGAAGAUGAGUGCAACGGUAGCCGAUCCCGCACCAGAAGUUCCAACAACUGUCGUGGCUACUAUGCAUGCGUGGGUAGGCGGUCCGUCCCCAACUGCUGUCCAAUGGGAUACGCCUACUCCAAGGUCGGAUGUGUGGUGUGCCCGGGAUGUAUAGAUUCCUGCUCCUCCGUGUCUGCCGCCAGAACAUACGCAUGCGUGUUCCGGCCCGUGUGGAACGACCCCACCUCGUUCGAGCGGUACAGGCUGUCCAGUGACGGAGAGGGAAGCUACGUGGCGCAACAGUGCCCAGACAACACUUACUUCAAUCUGGCCAGCUGUGACUGCGUGCCUAAACCCUGGAGAGCAGAGAAUGAAACAGUUUGUGGACCAAGACUUGACAUUCCAAACUUUGCUAUACGCCGAAGUGAGUUCACGUCUGAGAACAUCCAGCUGACUAACCUGGGGCAGGCAGUGCUGGAUGGAUCCACCUCCAAACUGCGCAUCAAUCUGGAUGGAAAUGCUGACUUUGCAAAUUAUGGGGGACCAUUGGUUAUACAGUUCCGGUACAAAGAGAGCGAGGAGAUCGUGUCCCGCCAGGCUCUGCUGUCCAGUCCCGACUGCCCCCGCGCAGGCUUCCUGCUGAUUACAGUGGACAGAGAAUCCAUCCUGAUGGAAGUUACCACAGACGGGGGGCUCCUCACCACGCUCAAACUGCCCACAGCUGGCUUCAAACCAGAUGAAUGGAAGACACUCCGUGUGGUAGACAACAACGACUACAUUUCCUUGAUGGUCAGUGACGGCGAGGACGGCUACGUGACCCGGACGAGAGCUCCCGCGAGCCCUUACGUCCAGUGUGGCCUUGACCUUGGAAGUGCUAACUUUGUCAAUGGCUUCAAAGGGCAGAUCGAACAGUUCACAUUUUACCAGUGCAUCCCAACAAAUAUAGUGGGUUAGGCUGGACUAAAAUUCAAGACAUAGAAACGCUGCCAAUGCGACCCGUUGCUGAAUGAAAAUCAACAGUUUCGCUCACAACAACAGCAACCACUAAAUAGAGACAACAUCAUCAAACCUGCUGUUGGAUUUGUUCCCAAGAUCUGAGCGACAACCAAUGAAUUAAAAGCUUCACGCAUAUGGACAUUUUUUUACGAAAAUAAAAAGAAACAAUUUCACCCAACAGAAUUUGCCUGUUGUUUCUUCACCGGUAGGAAAAGAAUUGAUAGAUUGCUUGUCGUUUUGUAUACACACUGGAUGUGGGUCUUUUACAGAGCUACACAGCGUCUUAAAAUUUCAUUAGAUUCAGAAGACUAAUAAUGAGUUAAGUUUUUCGAAUUUCUUUCACUGCAUUUUCCUCAACGAGAGAACUUCGUGGCAAAGCAGCCACCUGUACAGUUUCAAUCUUAUGUCUGCGUUUUAUUUCUAUUGUACUUCUUUUUCCGUUUCCAAAUUGUAAAAUAUGUUUCUCGUCAAGGUGAGAGAGUGGGCUGGACAGUGUUGUGUUGUUGUUUAAUGUGGUUUUGUCAUGAUAAACGUCAUUAAUAUUUUCUCAUUAAACACAAUGUGUGUUUUUUCCACCGGAA